GUUGAAAAUAAGACUUUUUUGUUAGACUCUUGAGCUCACACUGGUGUUACAUUUUGGUUUUGUUUUGUUUUGUUUUUUAGUUUUAUCUUUAUUCUGAAAAUUUAUUUUACGUUUAAUAUGUUAUUUAAGAGGAUUAUUUUCGCCAAUUAAUCACUUGACUUAGUGUUUCAUCUUAAUCGAGCUUUGUUCGCUUCUUUCUUUUUGUGUAAUCAGCUUGUAUCUUUAUUUUCUUGAUCAUUGAUCAACUAUUAUGCCUACUUAUUUGAAAGAUUUCUUACGAUUGUAACUUUACCGGUGAUAUUGAUUUCAACUGUCCAAGACGGAUAAACUACCAAAAGACAAUGAACCGUGAAAAUGAAUCGUUAACUGUGAUUUUGGUUAGCAAAAGCUCUGAUGUGCCUGAUUUAAAAAUAAAAGAAGGAGAUAAAAUGAUGAUUGGUCGUAAUCCGAUAGCCAAGAUUAAGAAUAUCAAGUGUCCUCGUAAAUUAUAUCAAGUUGAAUUGCGAGCUGAAAUAUCCAAUUGGUUUGUUUUUCUAACCAAUCUCAAAACAAAUGAAACCGGAAUACUAAAAGAAGGAGAAACUAUCAAAGGGCCUGGUUUUGAGUAUGAAGUCAAAUUUGAUAAAGUAGCCUAUGUAUCUGAACCAAAAGAUGAUAAUAAUGAAAUCAGUGCUAUUCGUAAAUCUUGUGAUGAGGAUGGUGAAGAUUCAGUGAAUAGUACACCAACAAAGAAGCCUAAAUUGGAAUCUCCUAUUAAAAAAAUAAUGGAAAGUGAACAGCCGUCUCAUUGGGAAGAAGUAGAUGAAGGCUCUGUUCAAAUAUACCAUUAUCUAGGAGGAGGUAAACCAAGUUCUAAAAUCGCCUGUUUUGAUUUCGACGGAACCCUUGUCAGCGUUAAAAGUGGUGCUAAAUUCCCUAAAGAUGGUAGUGAUUGGAAACUUUGGGACAAAUCUCUUCCAGGCUUGAUCCAAAAGAGUACUGAUGGUGGCCAUCGUUUUGUAGUUUUUAGCAACCAGAAAGGUGUAUCAACUGGUCAUAUGUCAAUUGAUAAUGUUAAACAACGAAUUGAAUCUUGUCUUGCCGCAAUUGGUGUUCCCUCUAUUGCCUUUCUGGCUCUUAAAGAUAAUAUUUAUCGUAAACCGCGACCAGGGAUGUGGUAUCUACUGCAGAAUUGUUAUAAUGAUUUAAUCGAUAUUAACCUGGAGGAAAGUUUUUUUGUCGGUGAUGCUGCAGGAAGAAAAAGCGCACUCAACAAGGAUCAUAGCUGUGCUGAUAUACUUUUUGCUAUGAACAAUCAAAUUGGAUUUCUCACACCUGAACAAUUUAGAGUUGGGAAAAGACCGAAAAAAAUUGGCGAUAUCAGCCCUAACCUUCAUAAUCUACCUCCUUUCAACCCAAAAGCAUUGCGUGAUUCCAAGGCAUCCCCUUUCCUCGAAUUAGAUGAAAACGGAAAAGAAUCAUCUAAAUUUGCGAAUCUCAACGAAGUUUUGAAUAAAAUCAAUCUAGUCUCAUCCAAUGGUUCUCAUUGCAUCAUUUUUGUCGGAUUAGCUGGCGCAGGUAAAUCAACAUUUUUCACUGAAAGAUUAGCAAAGGAAGAUUAUUACCGUAUAAAUCGUGAUGAGCUGAAAACCAUGGAGAAAUGUGAACGGGAGUUUGAAAAGCAUAUUAAAGCCAAUUCUGGUAAAACAGUCAAACUUGUCAUCGACAAUAUAAAUAAUGAUAACGCUUCUCGAAGCUUAUGGUUGAACCACUGUAAAACUCAUAAUUUGACACCAAUCGCAUUUCAUUUUAACAUAAGUCGGGAACAUGCUAUCCAUAAUAAUACUUAUCGUCGUUUAUUGAACCUUAUGUGUCCCGAUAGUGCCAGUCCAGCAGUGCCUGAUUGGAUUAUUAGUAAUCAGGCUAAAACUUUCGUCCCACCAACACGCAAAGAAGGUUUCUCUUUGGUCUUCAAAGUAAACUUCCAGCCUAUCUUCGAGGACCGAGGUGACCGAGAGAUUGAACUCUAUUACAUGUAUCUAAAUGAAAAAUGAUCUAAACACACACCAAUGUUGAUGUUAAUUUUGUUCCAAGCAUUUUUUCCUUUCAUCCAUCUACAAUUACUACAGAAGUGUCUUCUCUUCAAGUUAGCGCACACAGUUGAAACGCUUGAUAAUAUUUUGGAAACCAAAAAUUUUCUAUGUAAACUUGCACAAAUGAUUUUUUUUAUUCUUGUUACUCGAUAUUGUAUCUAUCAAUCAGUAAAUUGAUCUUAAAUAAAUUACAUAGAACCUAA